AUGGCGGCUUUGGAAAGACAGAACAAGGUUUUAGAGUCAAAUAAAGAUGAACUAUUAGAGAUAUUGGACCUUCUGAAGUCCGACUCGGAUGAAAGAUCAAUGGCUUUGCUUCUCAAGUUGAAGGCAUCCACUGAGACAGAUAUUUCGGCUCUUUGGGACUUGUUGAAGAGAGAUGUGACAACAGAAGAUGGGAGUAUUUUGGACCACCUUUGCGUAACAAGUACCAGUGAUGUGCCGUCACAAUCGAGUUCCGAGUUCAACCUUAUACUUCGCCAUCCAGUAGCAUAUCCGGCUUUAGCUCCGGUUGAUUUGCCUUCGAAACUUCUACGCCCUUCGCCGAUUCGAUUAGCGAAGGCAUAUCGUGGCGAAAACGAGCUUUUUGGAUCCAUCCCGCAAGGCCCUCAGCCUGUUCCAAUACCAAGCUCACAAACGCCUGCGGAUCCUUCCACGGUGAUCCCGGGAAAAAGUCCACUGUCCUACUGCGAUGACCGGCUGGCGAGUUUAAAGAUCAUUCAAUGGACUUCAGUACCUGUGACUGAUGAAUUCGCUGCUGGUGCCAUAUCUCUCUUUCUUAAAACAGAUCACCCAAUUCUUGGGUUAUUUGAUGCGGAGCUCUUCAUAAACGACCUAGUCGAGCCAUGUCUUCGAUUUUGCUCACCACUCUUAGUGAAUUCUCUUCUAUACUGGGCUUGUCAAGCUUAUGCGGCGUUCGACCCGCGAGCUAUUGCAUACAGUGACGCGUUCUUCAUUGAGGCCGAUAAUCUCUGGUCCCUCGAAUGGCGAAGUGAUUCACUCAAUGCGGUCGCCGCUUCCCAGUUUUUGAGCUUAGGUUCAGUCUACUACGGCAAGGAUGGGGGAGUGCCGUAUUUGAACCAAGGAAUCCAGAUGGCGCAGCGUAUGAAGCUCUUUGGAGUGCCAGAUACUGCCACAUCGCAGACUGUACAUGCACAACCACAAGAAUGGACACGAGCCAUGUCACACACGGCCUGGGGGGCCUAUAACUGGACUACGAUGCGAUGCAUACAGUUUCAGGAGCAGGAUCAGUCAAUUCGCUAUCCACCCAGAUUGGCAAUUCCUGGAUUGAGAAGUAGUGGCCUUGAAUCCGACAGCACGACCGAGCAGAUUCCUUCGCAACCCGCCCCUUACUUUACGGGGCCAACUUUCCCGGCUUUAUGUGAACUUUGGUCCAUUGCAAGUCAGUGGAUUCUGGAAUAUUAUAAGGAUGGAGGCAGCGAGAUUGUCAGUAGAAUAUCUCAGGAGUAUGCUGAAUCCAUGUAUCAGAAACUUUUGAGCUGGUCGGACAAGCUACCUAACGAAAUAGCUCGUGGCGACGAAAGCACUGAUCACAGCGCCACAAUGCACAUCUGGCUGCACAUUUUAAUUCUAAGCAUAUUCCGACCGUUCGCUACAUCAGCACAAAGAGUCGCUCCGAAGAUUAACACCACGCAGUUUUGGCCCAUGGGCCCAUUCAUGGCAUCAGUAAAACAGUUGAAACACCUAGUUCGGAUCUUCGAUUGCAGGUAUCCUUCCUCUAGCCGUAGCAUUUUGUGGCAUGUUGCUUUGCUACAGGUCGCUAAUGUUAUGGUGAACAUGGUAGGCGACCCUGACAGUCUUGCAUAUUUUCUACUCUGCAUCUCAUGUUAUCGAGAUCUCUAUCCUUCUUACCGCGUUGUUUACUCCAUUGUAAAGGGAUUACUUUCAAUGGCACGCCAAAGGGGCGUUAUAUCUGGCUCAACAGCCGCAUCAUUGUUUGAACAAAUGCAGAAUACCGGCAAGCACCACAUGGCACUAGAUAGUAUCCGAGCUGCAUUUGUGGUUGAUUUGGACCUGGCUCUUACAAAUACUAGCUCCUCCCAGGUGGACGCACUUGCCGACGACUUUGACACUAUGGCUAUGUUUGACGCGCUGACCGUUUCUACGGAUUACAUUGCCAUCUCAUCUGCUGACACACCUAGCCACAGUCCGCUAGACCUAGCAGAUGGAAGUUAA